AUGCCUGGUGUUACUACUACCACAAAGUGGGAUGCUAUUCCCGGCCCUCUGGGCCUACAAUCUGCAUCUCUCGAGGGGAAGGUUGCCCUUGUCACCGGUGCCGGUCGUGGCAUUGGCCGUGAGAUGGCCCUGGAGCUGGGCCGUCGCGGCGCCAAGGUCAUCGUCAACUACGCCAACAGCACCGAGUCGGCCGAGGAGGUAGUGCAGGCGAUCAAGAAGUCCGGAUCGGACGCGGCGUCGGUCAAGGCCAACGUGUCGGACGUGCCGCAGAUCGUCGCCAUGUUCGAAGAGGCCGUCAAGAUCUUCGGCAAGCUCGACAUCGUGUGCUCCAACAGCGGCGUCGUGUCGUUCGGCCACGUCAAGGACGUCACCGAGGAGGAGUUCGACCGCGUCUUCGCCAUCAACACGCGGGGCCAGUUCUUCGUCGCCCGCGAGGCCCACAAGCACCUCGAGGUCGGCGGCCGCCUCAUCCUUAUGGGCAGCAUUACGGGGCAGGCCAAGGGCGUCCCCAAGCACGCCGUCUACUCCGGCAGCAAGGGCGCCAUCGAGACCUUUGUCCGCUGCAUGGCCGUCGACUUUGGCGACAAGAAGAUCACCGUCAAUGCCGUCGCCCCCGGCGGCAUCAAGACCGACAUGUACCAUGCCGUCUGCCGAGAGUACAUUCCCGGCGGUGCCGACAAGACUGACGAGGAGGUCGACGAGUACGCCCGCACAUGGUCUCCCCUCGACCGUGUCGGUCUGCCCAUCGACAUUGCUCGUUGCGUGUGCUUCCUCGCUUCCAACGACGGUGGAUGGGUCAACGGCAAGGUCCUCGGCAUUGAUGGCCACGCCAUGAUGUAA